GGGAUUUGUAUUCCCUAACUUCAAAAUGGCGGCAAGUACAUAAACUUCUUCAUAAACUAAUUUGACGAUUUCAUCUAAUUAUUUGAAAACAACAAAGUGAAUCAUAUUGUUUUCACUGUUAAUUAGAUUCUAGGUAUAUAAAUGAAUGACACCAGAAUAAACGCAAUAACUUUUUGUGACCCUCAAUGGCGAUAAAACGGAAAGAUUUCCAAAAGGCUUCCGCUUUGAUUCACGAGUUUCUACUGAAGUUAAGCGAAGACGAAGAAUGUGCAGAAUUAAGAGACGCUUUAAAUUUAGCACUUUUGCAAAUGCAAAAGUAUUAUAAGCGUUUGCGCGCGAAAUUCCAAACUCAUGAGAAGGGUGGAGGAACAUCAGCUCUUAGUACAUCAAUUAGAGGUUUAAGCCCAAUGACACCAUUCAGAGAUGCUCCUGACAAAUUUCAAUGGAAAUGGAUUAAUCGAGAGAACCCAAAAUCAUUGAACGAAACAUCAACUAGUUUAAAUCAAUCUCUUUCUAUGCUGCCUUCGAUUAUUCAAGCAGCCAAGGAGGGAGAUAACUCUAGUAUUAUAGAUAUAAUUGAUAAAGAUCCAAAAACGUUAAAUGAAGUGGAUGGAUUGGGAAGGAAUGCUUUAAUGUAUGCUGUACAUUUUGGUCAUAUUAAUACUGUGCAGAUCCUACUUGAAAGACAAAUAAAGACGGAUGCAAUAGCUAUCGAUGGUUCAACAGCAGCACAUAGAGCUUGUCACGACGAUCAAGCUAAUAUUCUUGAAUAUUUAAUAAACUAUAAUGCUGAUUUGAAUAUUCAAGAUAAUUUUGGACGCGCCCCUUUACAUUGGGCUUGUACCUGCUCUAGUACCGACUGUAUUGACGUUUUAUUAAAUCGCGAUGUCAGCCUUGAUUUAACUGCUACAGACAAGGAUGGAAUGACUGUUUUAAUGUGGGCUUGUCGAAUGGAUAAUAUUGAUCACUUUACGAAAAUAAUGAAAGCGCAAGGAGAUAAAGGUUUACCACAGCUAGGUGACGGUUUUGAGAGGGAUAAGAUAGGCCGUUCAUGGGUUCAUUGGUCCGUUAGAAGGGCAAAACCCCUAGAAUGUUUAUCUACCCUUUUAACAAGUGACUCAGCUAAUAUGAAAGAUGAGGAUGGAAAAACUGUCAUGCACGUAGCGGCUGAGAUGGGAUCAUUGGAGUCGACAAAGCUUAUUUUGGAUAUUGUUGGACGUGAAGCUCUCUCUCAUAGAGAUAAUAAUGAAAGAACGCCGUUAAUUUUAGCAACAAUGUGCGGCCACGGAGAGUUAGUAAACUAUCUACUCUCGGAGGGAGCCGACUUUGAGAGCACGGAUAAUGAUGGUGCAACGGCCUGGGAUUACGCUAGUUGUAGACAACUUCAUUACUGUAUGCUUAUUAUUGCUUCUUAUAUAAAGCAAAAAAUGAAGGCUGAAGGCAGAGUUUGGAGUGAACAAGAUACACUUUAUCCACCCUCGUCUGAACUGAAUGGCACACUUAAUUCCACAUUGAUAAAUGGUAUGCAAAAUGGAGGUAUACCGCUAGUACCGAAACCUCCUCAAUCUCAAUCUCCCGAGAAUGAGCAAUACGGCUAUUCUGGUCAUACUUCGGCUCCGCCUACAAAAACCCCAACCACACCUAGAACACCGAGACCCCCGAACUGUAGACAAGCGUCACCUUCCCCAAGGAACUCAAAGGCACCGAUGAAACGGUCACCAAGUGCUACCUCCGAUCACGAUAUGGCAGAAAUCGAUGGAGGUAAGAGGAAGAAAGCUGGAGAUGGCGCUGAACAAUUAGAGGAUGCUGUCAUGUCAGUUAGAGAUGAUGAAGAUGCACAUAGUGUAAGUAGCGGUCAUAUGGACGUCUCCGACGAAGGGGUUGGAGACUAUGCUAUGCAAGUUGAAUCUAGACCUCAGCCACUGCCUCGCAAUCGACAAUCGCCUUCGCCUUCUUCUUAUGAAAGUCACCAAGCCCUAUCAAGGCCGAGCGCUUCUCACGGUAGGAAAGUUCCAUCUCCAACAAAUAGAAAUCAACAGACUAAGCAACCAGGACCAGAAGACUAUGUGAGCUUAGAAGAUGAUCCCGAUUCCUCUAGAGGACCCACUGAUAGACCUCCUCCUUUUCCAACGCCUUUUGGCAAAGAUCGAGCUCCGCCAGCUCACCUGAAACCGCUCCAAUCAUCUCUGGCAGCAGGACCAGUAGCCACUUCAAUGGGCGUUCAACAGCGUGAAGUACUAAGAAAGAAGAAGAAAAAGAAGAAAAGGGAAUUAUCCGAACCUUUGAGAGCUCCUAAUUCGAAUCUUUUCUCAUCGAAUAACAAUGAGAACGCUGGUAGAAAUGCUUCAGAAAAGCUGCUAUCAUCAGCAAAUGCUGGUCCACAAUUGCAGCCUCAAACUCAAGCUCUAACUCCCCUCUAUGCUGGAGCGAAGAAACGAAACGCUGAUUCGGCUCAAAAUCCUAAAAUGGCACCACCUCGUCGCAUGCCCUCUUCCAGAGCACCUCCUAUCCCACAAGCUGAGCCUAGAAAUGCACCUCUGAAAAGGACGAAUGCUAGCGAUGAUUUAUCUAUCGACAGGGCUUCUAGACCAGGUAGUGUGCAGUCUAACGGUUCUUACAUUGGCGCUAAUCCAAUUCAGAAAAUAUUAGACACGACGGAGUUUAAGUAUUGCAUAAAAUGUAAGCGAUCUUACUUGGAGGGGGACAAACAUGACAGAGAAAAUGGAAUAGCUUUAAACUCAAUACUAGUUUUGCCGGAUUUCGUUACAAAGGAAGAAGAAGAUGAUAUCAUGAAUUAUAUAGACAAUCAGCCGUGGAACAAUUCCCAAUCUGGCAGAAGAAAGCAAGAUUUCGGCCCUAAAGUGAAUUUUAAGAAGCGUAAAGUGAAGUACUUAGAUUUUAAGGGGAUUCCGGAAUUUUCACGCAAAAUUGCAGACAAAAUGCAGAAUAUAGAACUUUUAGCAGAAUUUUCCCCAGUUGAGGUUUGCAACUUAGAAUACGUCCCCGAGCGUGGAUCGUCAAUAGAUCCCCACGUAGAUGACACUUGGAUAUGGGGAAACCGGCUAGUGACCUUAAAUCUUUUAUCAGACACUAUAUUAACUUUAACUCAUCCUGAAAAAAAGGGUAUUGAAAUUUUAAUGCCUUUGCCAGCUAGAUCUCUUACUAUUAUAGCCGACGAAGCGCGAUACAUAUGGGAACAUUCGAUAAAAAUUUCCCAUAUAAAGAAUAGAAGGAUUGCUGUAACUUUCCGAGAACUUGGUAAUGAUUUCCUGGAAGAGGGAAAUUUUGAAGAUAUAGGAAGAGAACUGCUGGCAAUAGCGAAGGGAAGUCAAACUGUGGGAUUGACAUAA